UUAACAACAAAAAUAAACACAAAAACGGAAAUCGGUAAAGUGCAAACAGAGAGAGCCACAAGCCAAGGCCGAAGAAAAACGGUGAACCCAAACAAAUAAUUUGAAAUUAAAAUUAAAGCGAAAAGUGAAGCCAACGGCGCGAAUCGGCGGAUAAAAGGGAGCUUGCGGCCGAAGUUUAUUUGCAAGCGCCAUGAACGGAUAUUUAUAAAAAUAGGAAAAGGCCAGCGAAAAUCAAAAUAAAAAUUUGUAGCAGUGAGAGGUUAAAUUCCCAAAGUCAGAAAAAUGUGGAAAAUCUGCAUUUUUACAUUGGUAAUUGCGGUGGUGGCGGCAGCAGCAACAACAGCAACAACUAGUGAAACCAUAACAAACGACUUGACGGCAAAAGGCAACCGAACGCAGUUGAAAAUUUCCACGGAGGAAUUGAGUGAAAUUUCCGCUGUGGGUGGGUCAACCUCAACGGCCACGCCCACCACCACGGCCACAACUAGUACAACAACAGCCAGGGCAACAACAACCUUGCUGGAGGAAAAUGGUGCAAGCCCAAAAGACGAGCUAAUGACAACCAUCCAAAAAAUGCCAGCAGCCGAUUUGGUUGAAAUAGGUGGCAUUAGGGAUGCACUGCAUCGCAUUAAAUUGAGCGAAAAGCCAGUUGAUGGUACGGCCACAACCACUGAACAACCGGAAGCCAUGGAUCAGGAUCAGAAUGAGGACGAGGAUGGGGAGGAUUUAACACCCACCAUCUCGCCGCUGCAAAUUCAAAUGCAGGCUGCUGCCUCAUAUCAAGUAGCCGAAACGUUGGCCGACUUGAAUGAGGAGGAGCGCGCUCGAUACGAUGCCAUGCUGGCUCAGCAGCCCACGGCCAGUAAACUGAAUAUAGUGGAUUUGUAUCCAUUAAAGCUGGACGAUUUCCAGCCAAUCAUACAAAACGACAACGAUGAGUUAAUCAAGCAGCGGACCAUUUUCACACAGCCCGAAAAUGCCGAGGAGUACAAGCAAAAUCUAAUGCCCAACGAGGUGGACUUGAUGGUCAAUACAGAGGUGAAUGAAGUGAGGGAAAAAAUCAAAAUAAAUCAGGAAAAGUUUGUUACCACAGUGAAGCCCAGUACAGUAAGACCGAAUCAAGGAACCACGGCUGAUUUCACGGGCAAACUGCUGGCCGAUCAAGAUGAUUUGAUAACCGAAAUAGAGAGCAAAUUUCAACUGCAUGAAACUACAACCAUUAGGCCAAGGACUAGUACUAGUACUAGCACAACUAUUUCGCCUACCAGACAACAUCCGGGCCACACUUUUAUCGAUCGAAGGGUGAAGAAAAGCUUCGAGUUUCCCAUGCAACAUCGUGCCAGCGAUGUGAUGGCCAUGCCGCACAUUGACUUUGCCAACACCAAGUUCCAACAGGAUGCCGAUCCCCCAGCCGCCUCGCAUCCCGAAUUCUCCACCACAAAGUUCUACAACAGCAAGGAGCUGUACAACGAAAUGUUGCUGCACAAUAAGCGCAAGUUAAUGAAGGCAGCAGCCAAAGCUGAAGGCAGCAGUCCGAUAAAGUCAGCGGAGGAUACAACUCGGGCCACAACAAACUUGAACGUGACGCCCGAAGGGCAAACUUUUAACCCAACCACAAGUACAGCCAGUGGAGCCACCAGCAGUCCCACAACAAUAACUACAACUGCUACUGAGUCAGCUACAACAACAACGACAGCAACAACAACAACAACAACAACAACAACAACAACUAGUGGCAGUUCAACAACAACUAGUGGAAAAUAUCAAAAGCAGCUUAAGCGUGCCAAAUUAUUGCUGAAGGCCUUGACACCGCCGCCAAAGUCCAGUGACAAGACGACAUCUGCCGGGGAAUCCCCAUCAUCGACAUCCACAUCGACCACCACGACGGCCACACUGCUGGCCACCGCCAGGACUCGCACUCGAACCCGCUCCCAUCCGCCAUCCUAUCCGCCAGCUAAUCCCACUAAGACCGCCUCAAAGCCAAUCGCCAGGCCGCGCAUCCUGAGUCGCCUGCAGGAGAAAAUCAAUUCGCUCGAGUGCGAGAUCCCCCCAGUGCCGCAGGAUUCGCAUCUGUGGCGAGGCAAUGAGACCCACGAACUGCUGCUGCCCAUUGUGACCACGGAGCAUUGUCGGCCGGAUGAGCAUUGCAUACCGAAUGUUUUAACCUGGCGCGGUGAGGCGGAAAUCCAGUCCGGCGACAUUUUAAUUGUGGAAAUCAAUGAUGCCAUGUUAAAUCCAUCGCAUGAGCCCAACAACACAAGCAGCGCGGUACAUGCCACACAGGUGUACCAGGUAACUCGUUCCGGCCACGAACACUGCGACGUUACCGAGGGCGUCCUGCUGGAUAUCACGCCGCUGGUGGUCGACGGCAGGAAGCUGGUAACACUGUACGAUAAGGACCUCACCGAGGGAGUUAACCUGCUAAUUGUGGUGUCCGAGCUGUGGGGAGCGCAGUGUGUGCGCCUGAAGGUGACCACGAAAACCGACAAUUGCGGCGACAACGCCGAUUGUUCCGGCAAGGGAGUGUGCUACUCGAAUGCCGGGAUGGAGGAGUACGAGUGCCAGUGCUGCAGUGGCUUCGCCGGACCCCAUUGCGAGGAGAUCGACGCCUGCAAUCCGAGUCCCUGCACCAACAAUGGCAUCUGCGUGGACUUGUCGCAGGGUCACGAGGGCAACUCGUACCAGUGCCUCUGUCCGUACGGAUAUGCGGGCAAGAACUGUCAAUACGAGUCGGAUCCCUGCAAUCCCGCCGAGUGCAUGAAUGGCGGCAGCUGUGUGGGCAACUCCACGCACUUUCGCUGCGAUUGUUCGCCGGGGUUCACAGGACCUCUGUGCCAGCACAGCCUGAAUGAAUGCGAGUCCUCGCCGUGUGUUCACGGUAUUUGCGUGGACCAGGAGGACGGGUUCCGGUGCUUUUGCCAGCCAGGAUUCGCCGGCGAACUGUGCAACUUCGAGUAUAAUGAAUGCGAAUCGAAUCCGUGUCAGAAUGGCGGCGAGUGCAUCGAUCACAUUGGCAGCUACGAGUGUCGCUGCACGAAGGGCUACAGCGGCAACCGUUGCCAAAUUAAGGUUGAUUUCUGCGCCAACAAGCCUUGCCCCGAAGGACAUCGCUGUAUUGAUCAUGGAAAUGAUUUCAGCUGCGAAUGCCCAGGAGGUCGCAACGGACCGGAUUGUAAUCAAAUGCCACGAACGUACUUCCAGCAAUGCAACGUGAAUCCCUGCACCCACGGCGGCACUUGUUGGUCCAGCGGCGAUAGCUUCUACUGCGCCUGUCGCCCCGGCUACACGGGAACCAUGUGCGAAGAUGAGUUUGUGGUGGAGACGGUCGUUAGUUCCAGCGAAUUUAUUGUGGACGAUGCCAACGCUAGAAAUUUUAAUGACAAAACUUUCGGUUCAUCGGUUGUGCUUAAGAGUCCCAUUGAAUUGCAUAAUGCAUAUUUUGCGGCUGGAGUCCUGGCAGCCGCCAUUUUCAUCGUUGCCGUUGUGGUCACCAUUUGUCACUGCAAGGUCAAUCAGACGUAUCGGAAAUUCUCGACACGUUCCACCUCGCUUAUACCCAUUCUGGGCUUCAGUCGCCGGCCAAAAAUGCAGGGCAAGCUGAACAAACACUGGCUGAGUGGAAAGGGUGCCGCGAAUGCGACGGCCGCGGGCAGUGGUGCCAAUAAUGUGGCGCCCGCGGCAGGGCCGAGGGGCGUGACAGCUGGAGGCGGGGGUCAGCAGGUCACAAGGCAUCUGCCAGGACAGCCGCAAACGCAGACCACGCUGGGUGGCCAGCUGCAGGAGCGACCAUUUCAACGGCACCUGGCCAUGAAUCUCGAGAACGACAUGUACUACACGGUGGACUUUAGCGAGAACUCACAGCACUCACCGUUGAUACAGUGAGACUUGGAUAAUAACGGCAGCAGCGGCGGAUGGUCAGUCAAAUUCACCCCACACAAACUGGAGUGAGUGGAGAAAAUAUAUUGGGUUGGGUUUUGGGUGUGAUUUUGUAAUUAUCUUUGAUGCUACUCGUUGAAUAUUUCAAAUAUUGAACAGUAACCGAUAAUAAUAAACUAAAAGACAUGUGUGAA